AUGUUCUUCAAGUCUCUAGAUCUGACCACUGCACUCCGUCCCUCAUUAUUGCCCGAUGAGACUUUGCUCUUCGUCCAGGAUGCGGUGGGGUUAUAUGAAGGAAAGUUCAAGGUCCCAAAUUAUCAAAAUGGCCAUGCGUACCUCACAUCCCACCGAGUCUGCUAUGUCGCUGUUGACGAGCCACGCAAGUACUCAGUCGCCAUCGACUUGGAGGAAAUCGACCGAGCGGAUUACCAAGCAGGGUUUCUGAAGUCGUCUUCGAAAAUUCUCUUGCACCCGAAACCCGCAAAGAAUGACCUCAAAUCGAAGAGCGUAGGGGCUGGCCCCUCUGCAUCACAGUCUCCAACGCUCCAGUCCGGGAGAUUGCAGUCUCCACUCCCGGCAACCCCAUACAAGCAGCCGGCACCGAAGCCUAUGAACGCGACCUGGGUCUGCCCGAUAUGCUCGUUCACUAAUCCGGUACCUUCUAAUUUCGACCCAGCAACGGCUACUGCUUCUACUCCCUUGCCGCCAUGCUUGGCUUGUGGCAUAAAGCCGCCAUUUACGACCGUUCUGAAGGCCGCAAUCACAGCUGCCGCUAGCCGCGAAGCCGCGCAAGUACAUCCAGCUUCACAUGAGCCUGGUCAACCCGGAAGCAAUGAUGAUGAAAUCGUACGCAAGCCUAAUGCCUCGACACCGUGUCCCAGAUGUACAUUUGUGAACCAUCCCUAUCUUCUGGAGUGUGAAAUAUGCGGGGCUCCCCUAGCCUCCGCAGUCGCCCGAGGAGCUUCUGUUGAGGACUCACGCCGAUCAGAAUCCCCAGCGCCGGUAUUCGGACAAGGAAACAUCGCCAAUACUGAGACUUUCGAGGUAGUCAAAUUAUCCUUCCGCGGAGGCGGUGAAAAGACUUUCUAUGAAAGGUUGAAAGGCGCCUUGGUCCAGCGAAAGUGGCUGCUCUACGAUGCGCCUCCUGUUCCGCAGCAGCCAUCGCAAUCGCCUGCCACGCCAAAUCUUACAGCCUCUAGUGCUGUUGCUGCCAAUGUUUCCGCGCCAGCCCAACCCCGGUCCCCCGCAGUAGGAAUCGCGGGGCUUGAGCAGCGGGGACUUGAGGCUCGUAGAAACAACGAGGUGGUAAUAGGCAGCUCGUUUGAAGAUCUUGAAGCCUUGAUGGCGUCUGCUAAACGGAUCAUCAAUCUUGCUGAAACGCUCGCCAGGGAAUCAGGUAUGGCCGGUGACGAGAAUUCUGCAGCAACCAACGCAGUGCUCUCAGAAUCCGCUGCCGCUCUUGGGAUGACCACGACCAAAGAUAUGCUUGGCUCUGGUGCCGAGAAUUUAUAUCUCUCCGAACUUUCACGGGACUUGGCGGAGUACCUCACCGACGAUAGAAAAGGUAUCUUACAGAAAGAAGGCGGUAUCAUGAGUCUGAUUGAUCUUUGGGCGAUGUUCAACCGCUCCCGAAAUGGGGUGGAACUAGUCAGUCCUUCUGACUUCCAGAAAGCAGCAGAGCUCUGGGAGAAACUGAAACUACCUGUUCGGCUGCGGCGAUUCAGAAGUGGUCUUCUUGUUGUUCAACGCUACGACUGGAGUGAUGAGAAGACCAUUCGGCAACUGCAAGAAUGGAUGGCGGAACUUCGUCAGAUACCGCCCGCCGAUCCAGUACCGUGGGACUGGCGUCAAUUUGGGCGUGCCGUGACAGCACAGGAGGCUGCUCAAAGGUUCAAGUGGAGUGUCGGAGUCGCAGCAGAAGAGCUAGAAAUGGCUGAGGAUAAAGGUGUCCUAUGUCGUGAGGAAGGCAUCGAAGGGUUAAGAUUCUGGAGCAACUACAUCACAUCUGACCUUUCUUCGAUGAAUAGCAUUGAUUCGAUUGAUUCGAUGGUGUCAAGCAUGGCCAUAUGA